GUUAUAUGCACACAUUGACAUUUCUAUUUUUUUGAAAUAAUUUUAUGGCGAAAUUCAAGCGUGCACGAUGUAAAUGCAUCAUGCAGUACAGACGUGUUUUACAACAAUGCAAUCAGACCGGAUUUAUUUUAAGAACUACAUAUAUCUUAUAAAUAGACGUAUAUAAAAUGUUAUUUUAAUAUUGCAGUCCAUUGGUCGUUGACAAAGUUGUAUGCAACAUAUGAUUGUGAAGAUUAAAAUUAUGAAUCGCCACCCAUGCUUCAAAAAACGUUUUUCAUGAAACUUGACCUUUUGUUAAAUAUAGAUUAAUGACUAGUACGAACGGAAAUUCAUUGAUUAGGUGCUCUAGAUUUGUUCUCGAAAUAUCUUUGAAACUUUCAGCAUAAAUAUGGUAAUAUAUUCUACAGGACAGAAAACCUGAACUAAAACGAUUUCAAUAAGAGUGCUCAAAAAGUCUAAACGUAGUAUAAUAAAACCAAUAAAAAUGUGUAAAAUAGUAAGUAAAUUUUAGAGUAUUCUUAUAAACGACAAUCGUAUCCGAUUGAAUAUAUCUGAUUGCCUUAGGUCGCUUUUAACCUAUAAUCAUUAUCAUCUGCAUUGCUUUUAAUAGGGAAUUGAAAUUCCUGCAUGACGCAGAGCUGCCAUACUAGCAUAAGAAGGUGGAUGCUCGGUCAAGUGGAUGUCUGCUGUCGAUAACGAUUUCCGCGGCAAUUUCGAACCUGGCCCUCGAUUGGCGGUUAUUUAGGGAUCGAGAGAAACUUUCCUCGAGAGGAAGUCAAGUAUAGUCCUCAGUUGAAAAUGCGAUGCAGUGGACGGUCGACGAAAAUCGUCGCUCAGUAAUUGUAAAAUAAGUAUUCGAAAAAUAAAAAGGAUUGUAUCAAAAAUGUCCAAUCAGUUGAAUUUUACCGUGCUGCCCUAGCCAUUGUGAAAUGAAAAGAUCCUGUCAGGAUUACUUAAAAAAGUGACAUUAAAAAUUUGUGAUAAAAUCAUAAAAUUUUCAAAAAUGAGGAGAAGAUCAUUCUUUUAACACCCAACUGUCCGUUCGUCAAUCAUGCGGAUUGCCUCGCAAUACUGGUUACUUUCGUUCCUAGUUAUUUUCGGGUGUUACUACGUUUGGAAGAAAGGAUCAUUAUCCUGGGAAACGUCAGGAGUCGUUGCAAAAGCAUCCAUUGAAGUAGAUCUCUCUUUACCAUCAGCAGCGUCGUUGUCAGUGUCCCAUAAGCUCUUCAACAGAACUACGAGGAAAACGAAAAUUCGUAAAAGGAACCAUGGAGCAGUCUCCAGGUAUAUGUUACAAUUGUACAACAAAAGAGCAGAUGCUGAUAUAGUGAAGGCACUUCAGCCCAGACACGUUUCCAGUCCAGUAGGAAACAAAGGUCGAAUUCUCGAGUUUUCUAUACCGCCAGUCAAUUCAGGAGAGAUUUUGGAAGCAGCAGAAUUACUUGGAACAGCAGGUAUGAUAAUGAGAGUCCGACCAAUAAACGAAAAGACAUCUGGAGUCCAGCGAUCGAGAAGGGACGACUCUUGGAGAGCCUUCGACGUCACAUCGUCCCUUCUAGCUCGAAAAAGCGACACGGUACGGCUCCUGGUUAGUGGAAAAGUUAAGAGCCAGCCUAACGGAGAAGGUCCGCUGUUGCUGUUAAGCUACAGUAAACCUAGAAAACGUAGAAAAAGAUCAAUGGACGAGGAACAAGAUGAGAAUCCAUGGGACGAGGACGGUGGUCAUCGUCGAAGACGACAUGCUUGUCGUCGACGUCCGCUCUACGUGGAUUUUGCAACUAUCGCCUACGACGAGUGGGUCGUAGCUCCACCAGGCUACGAAGCAUUUCAGUGCUCUGGCAAAUGCUUCUAUCCGUUCGGUGACCAUCUUAGUCCCACCAAGCACGCCAUUGUUCAGACUUUGGUGCAUACGGCUCUUCAAGGUAGUAUGCCUGGUGCCCAUGGCAGUGCGAAAGCUGUUGGCAGAGCUUGUUGCGUGCCGACAAGACUUGCCCCCACUAGUUUACUUUAUUUGGACUCAGCCGGUACGUUAACGUAUCAGUAUGGCUAUGACGACAUGGUCGUGGCAGAGUGUGGCUGUCGUUAAUAGAGACUAUAUUUCGUUUUUACA